GAAUAGUCCCAACGAUAUCGUCGAUAUAUCGAAAUGGUCGGCAUAAGUAGCUUCCUGCUCGCUUGUGUCUCACACGAGGGAUGUUAAGAGGCAUUAUUUUACUCUUAUUGCAAAAUUUUUUCUAAGAACAAAAGUGUCGAACGCUUAGAUCACUAAAAAAGACUGAUAUCAUUAAUAUCGAAUAGUGGGUGUUAUCAUAAUAAGUUAGCGUAAUGGCAUUAAACCCUCAGUAUGAAGUUAUUGGGAAGGGUUUCGUGCAGCAGUAUUAUGCGCUGUUUGACGACCCUGCUCAAAGACCAAAUUUAAUAAAUAUGUAUAAUACCGAGUCAUCUUUUAUGACGUUUGAAGGUUUACAAAUACAGGGUGCUAUUAAAAUAAUGGAAAAAUUAAGUAGUUUAACGUUUCAAAAAAUUAAUCGGAUAAUAACUGCUAUUGAUUCACAACCAAUGUUUGAUGGUGGAGUACUCAUUAAUGUUUUAGGAAGGUUGCAGGCAGAUGAAGAUCCACCACAUGCCUUCUCACAGAUUUUUGUGCUGAAGCCACUGGGGAAUUCAUUCUUUUGCCAACACGACAUUUUCCGCCUAGGCAUUCAUGAUAGCGCGUGAAGGAAAAUUGUCUGCAAGUUCACCAUGGUUAAUAGCAGACAAAAAUCUGAACCAUGGACUCCCCAGAGAUUGAAAUAAGUGAGCUACUUUUUCCUUAAUAUCCUUUGUCAAUCACAUAUUAUUCCAUUUUUUCUAGAUAUUGCAAUUUUUAUAUAAAAAGAAACAAAUAUCCGCUUAUAUCUUGGCCACAAAAUAAGAAACAGGAGAGCAUUAAAAAUAAACAGUUUAAUAAUU